ACGGAAAAUUAGGGUUACGGGGUUACCCCCAAAGCCAUAUAUAAAUCUCUCGUCGCCGAACUUCUCACGAUUGCUAGGGUUUUCUCGGAAGGGGCCGAUCGAUCGAAAGAGGAUCUGAUCUCCCCACCAAAACCCUAUACCAUGCCGAAGGAGAUUCACGAGAUUAAGGAUUUCCUUCUCACAGCGAGAAGGAAGGAUGCACGUUCUGUGAAAAUUAAGAGGAGCAAGGAUGUCGUCAAAUUCAAGGUUCGAUGUUCCAAGUACCUGUACACACUCUGUGUGUUCGACUCUGAGAAAGCGGAUAAGUUGAAGCAAUCUCUUCCCCCAGGUUUGAGUGUCCAAGAUGUUUGAAGAUGAAGCCAUAAUAGCUUGCGAGCUAUAGCGUAAUGUGUUACGCAUGUCUAUGUUGAACAAUGAGAUUAGCUAUUUUGUGGUUUUUCUUAUAGCAACUGUUGUCGUAGUAGUUUCCUGAAUCUUGGAGAAACUUAAUGAUUUGGAUUGCUUCUUUGUUUUAUCUGCGAGAUCAAAUUUUU